AUGAACAGCACACACCAGACCGGCGUGCUAAGCGCGCCGCCGUCGCACACACAGCUCAUCAUCGAAAAAAUGACGGCCGUAGCAACGGCGAGCCAAUCCAACCUGGCGUUGACAACACUGCUCGUCACUCUGCCCUUGGUGGCCGUGUUUUUCUUCGUCAAGCAAGACCGCGAUGCCAAGCGGCCGCCACGACUGGACGAGACGAUCCCGUUCGUGUCGAAUCUGUGGCAGUUCUUGACCAACAAGCGGCUGUUUAUUACCCGGGCUCGAACCGCCCUAGCCCUCCACCCCAUAAUCCGCUGCCGUCUCGGCCCUCUCGAUCUCUACCUCGUCCGCGGCGGUCCCCACGCCACGUCGUCCAUGUUCCGCGCCACCUGCCACUCCGACCCGUGGAUCCUCCGUAUCAUGCAGAGCGCGGGGUACGCGCCGGCUGAUUUGGAGAAGCUAAGGAGGGAUGAUACGGGGAGUGGGACUGUGCCGCGGACGGGGAGUGUUGCUGCUGCUAAGGCCGCGAAGGUUGCUCUCGCUGGAGGGGAAGUUGGUGGGAAUGGAACAAUGGGGUUGGAUGAGAGGGUGUGGUAUGCGUUGCAUAGGUUGUAUGAUGCGACGAUGGUGGGCACGAAGGCGGUGGAUGGGUUUGCAGGGCUGUUUCAGCAGUUUUUUGAUGAGGAGUUGAUCGCAGCAUCUUCUUCGUCCCCCUCGAACGGAGGAUGGAUCUCCAACGUCCACAUCUACGACACCCUCAAGCGCACCAUGACCGCGGCGGCAACCCGCACCACCCUCGGCCCCCUCGCGCUCGACGUCAACCCAGGUUUUGUCGACGCCUUUUGGUCCUACGAAAAACACGUCGAAACCCUAGCGUUUGGCGUGCCGGACUGGCUGAACCGACCCGCAGUGCAGGCGCGAGCGAAGUUUACGGAGAUGUGUCAGCGGUGGUAUGAGAGUGCGGACGCGCAGUUUGACUGGGAUGCGGCCGAGACGGAUCCGGUGUUGGCGGAGCCGGAUUCGUGGGAGCCGGUGUUUGGGUCGGCGCUGUCGAGGGGGUUGGCGAAGUGGGCGAGGGGGUUUGGGUUUGGGGCGGAGAGCAUGGGGCCGGUGUUUAUUUUGUUGUUGUUUGGCCUCCACGCCAACACCAUCCCCGUCUGCACUUGGCUAGUCAUGGAACUCAUCAAGGACCCAGAGUUGCUCCGGGCCGUGAAGGAGGAAAUCGCCACGGCGGAACUCCCCCGAGACGACCAGGACGGUUCAUUCAAGGGGUAUGAUCACAGGAAGCUGGCCGCGCUGCCCCUUCUGCAAUCUAUCUACACUGAAGUACUCCGUCUCCAUGUCGGCGUGCUCAUUACCCGGACAUGUGCGGAGCCCAUCAAGGUGGCCGGUUACACGGUGCCCAAGGGCUCGAUCCUGCAAGCUCCGACGGAAGUGGGACAUCUCGACGAAGCAGUUUGGAGCACGGCGGAACACCCGGCAUCUGAGUUUUGGGCAUACCGUCAUGUCAAGGAGAAACGAGUAAAGGAUGAAGUUACAGGUCAGGCCUCGACAAAGCUCGAGUUCUCUCUAGCCGGGCGAUCCGCAUCCUUCUUCCCGUUCGGUGGCGGAAUUGGAAUGUGCCCUGGACGCAACAUUGCAAAGCCAGAAGUAUUUCUGGCCGCGGCCAUGGUGGUGUCCAGGUUUGAGAUUGAGGAACCCACCUGGCUCAAGCCGGAUGGGUCGGUGUCGGAUCGGGCAGCGCAAAAUGAUGUGAACUACGCCAACUCGGUGGCUGCGGCACCGGAUAGGGAGUUGAAGGUGCGGUGGAGGAUGGUGAGGUAA